AUGGGGACCUGUUUUAAGUGCAAUAAGUCGUGCGUUUAUAUGGAUGUUACCAAGGAUAGGAACAUAAAGGACCUUUUUUGGGGUUCUUGCGACUUGUGCAGGAACAUCGUAUGCAGAGAGUGUUCGAAAGUUACAUCAAGCGACAUACGGGCACUUAUGACGCAAUCACGCAUCAUACUCUACUUCUGUGAAGGCUGCCUGUGCAACAUCAAGCAAAUAAGCGAUAACCUUCGUGACAUGAAGCGAGACGUUCAACAACUUAAGCCUGAGCUUAAAUCCACAAUGGACUCAGUACCAAAGUCCUAUGCACAAGUCUUAUCUAAGACAACUAAUACGCUAAAAAAGGAAAUUGAUGAUAUUAAAGGUUCAGCUGAGUUCAUUUCACAAUGCUACGAUGAUCAAAAAAAAGAACUAAUCAAGGCCACAGACACACUAAAAAAAUAUGAUAAGGAAACCAACGCCUUGAAACAAAACAUCAUCAUCAUUGUUGAUGCGAGAGAGAACUCUUCAAUCUCAGUCGAAUUAUGCAGCAAACAGGAUAGAAGUGCCUUAUUCAAGAGACGCAAGGAAAUUGGCAAAAUCACAGCGGACUCGUGUGGAUUACAAGGCGGGAUCAUUUAUUUCAAUGAGGAUCUCACCAUAGAAAACCAAAAACUAUUUAAACUUGCGAGAGACGCAAGGAGGCAAAAAACUGUCGAAGCUGCCUAUACUUAUAAUGGCUCAGUAUAUGUAAAGAAAACGCCCACAUCGCCUGCUGUUAAGAUUCUAAACGAGGACAGUCUCAGCAGUGAGCUUGAUACUUAG